AUGCAAGACGCUUACGAGAAGGCCGACGCGGAAGAUGACGACGAGGCAGAUAUGGACGAUGUGCGCAGCAAUGUGCCGACAGAGGCGUCACCACCCGCAUCACCACGAGCCGCCAAAACUGGUGAGGUCUCUGCCAGCCUGCAGCAAUUCCUCGAGGCCCACAGCGUUCUCAUCAUCAACGAGAAGGGAUUCGGCAAGAGGGUCCGCCUGUCUGAUGUCAAGCUUAGCAACCGCAACGCUGUUGGCCAGAAGUUGAGGCUGCAGGAAGAAUCGGAUGUGGCGGCCAUCUGCGUUGUCCCCAGCGAUGUGCUCCCCCAACUGCCUCCCAGACCUCGGGAUGCACCGACCCUGUACAAGGACUCCUUGGCCAAAGCGCGAGCAGAGGCAAUACAGGCAGCAGCAGCGAGAGGGGAGGAGGUGGAGGAUGAACCGGCCGAGGUGCCCUUCGACUGCCUCAGUGAAACGGCCCAGAAAGACUUUGUCGACCAACAACAGCGGGACGAGGAGGCCUUCAAGGCGGCGCGGGAAGCGCGCCAGGAGGCCGAGAAGGUGCUGAGGCCGAAGCUGGGGGCGGUGCUCCUCUGCACCUCAGGUGGCUUGGUGCUUCGCCUCCACAUCCUGCACGUUCGGGUGAUGAAGCGCCGGCAGAAAGCGACCUGCCUGAUGAAGGUGCCACGUUCUGACAAGCUGAUUUCGGCCUCCCUGCUGUCUGCAGUCGACCACGAAAGGGAUGACGCUGCGAUCGGCGAAGAGCAGGAGGAAGCUGCUCCGCAAGAGGCGGAGGAGGACGAGGCAGAUGAGGAUGACGACGAGGAGAACGAGUAG